AUGAAAGAGAAUACAGUCGAGGUAGAGGAAGAAAAUGCCCUAGAUUGGCUAAAAGGUAUAUCUAAAGAUAAAGCAAAUGAUAAAGAAAAUAAUAAAGAAAGUGAUAAAGAAAGCGAUGAAGAAAACAGUAAUUUAUCUGAAAGUGAUGAUACAGAAAGUGAGGAUGAAAUAAGUUCCAUGGACAAAGUAAAACCAUUAUAUUCCGAGCCAGAAGAUAUAGAUUACAAUGAUAAUAUAAACACGGGGAAACUUAUCAUUUUUAAUCUUCCUCCUGUAGAUGAACAGGAUGUAAAAACUCUAUGUGAACGAUAUGGGCCAGUAACAGAUGUACAUAUAUUUAAAAAUACAAAAAAGGGAAGUAAAUAUAUAUGCUUGAACGAAAAAAAUGAUAACAAAUCAAGAGAAGACUUUUUUAUAAAACUGUUAAAGGAAAAUAAUGAUAACACUUCGAAUAAAAAUAAAAAAGAUAGUACUAAAAAAAUGGAAAACUCAAAUAAUACGAAAGAAGGAAAUGAAAGCGAAAAUGAAAAUAACAAGAACAAAAAUAACAUAGCCAAUAUUGAUCUCACAAAUGUUAAAACAUAUGCUUUUGUUAGUUUCGUUUUUCCAAGUUCUUGUGAAAAAGCAAAAAAUAAUUUAAAUGAAACUAUUUAUAGAGGUAAAAUAUUAAGUGUAAAAUAUGCUCGUGAAAAGAUAGAUAAUUCUGAAAAUUUAGAAAAAAAUAAAAAUAAUAUAUUUAUUAAAUUAUCUAAUGAAUCUAAGACAUCAUAUAAAAAAAUUUUGGAAAUUCAAAAAAAAAGAAAUUGCCAAAAUGAAAACAUUUGGAAUAUUUUAUACACGGAUAUCAAUUCAAAUAUUUAUAAUUUUUGUAAAGAAACAAAUUGUGAUCCUCAAUCUAUAUUAAACAUAAGAGAUAAAAAUAUUGCAGUUAAUGUUUCAUUAACUGAAACUUUUAUAAUUAAUAAAAUGAAAGAAUGGAUAAGAAAGGAAGGAAUUGCUUUAGAAGCAUUUGAGCAAAUAUACAAAAAGGAAAAUGCUAAACCAGAAAAAGAUGAAAAUGAUGAAACUGACAAAGUGAUAAAAUACAAAAGAAGUGAUGAUACUAUAAUUGUUAAAAAUUUAUCUAUGCAUACAAAUGAAAAUGAUAUAAUUAAUUUAUUUAAGAAGCAUGGUAUUUUAAAAAAAAUUAGCUUUUCUCCUUAUAAAAAUAUAGCUAUAUUACAAUACGAAAAAUCAGAAGAUGCAAAAAAGGCUCUUAUAUCAAAUUCGUAUAUACGAUAUAAAAAAUUGCCUUUAUAUUUGGAAUGGGCACCUAUCAAUUUGUUUGAACAAAAUAAUAAAAAUACUGAAGAAAUGACAGAAAUAAAUGACAAUCCUAAUGAUGCAUCACAUCAAAAUAAUGUCGAAGCAUAUGAUAGUGAAUCAAGUGAUGAAGAAAUUACUCACUCCAGUAUUUAUAUUAAGAAUAUAAAUUUUAACACAAAAGAAGAAGAUUUUAAAAAAUUAUUUGAAAAAUUAGACGGAUUUAUAACAUGUAAUAUUGUAAAGAGCAAAAAAGCGAUAAAACAAAAACAUAAGGACAAUACAAAAGACAAAGAAAAUGAUAAAACAGAUCAAGAAAAUAAAUAUAUAUCAUUAGGAUAUGGUUUUGCAGAAUUUAAAAGUAAAGAACUAGCUAUUGAAGCUAUAAAAAAAUUAACAGCAACUAAAUUAGAUGGGCAUGUUUUAGAAUUAAGCUUAUCUCAUAAUAGAAUUAAAAAAAAUAAACAAACAUCUAAAAAUAAUGAAGAAAAACAAGUAAUUAAAGAUAAAAAAAAAAUCACAAAAAAAUUACUUGUGAAAAAUUUAGCUUUUCAAGUAACGAAAGAAGAAUUAAGAAAAUUAUUUUCUGCAUUUGGUAAUAUUAAAAAUGUUAGAAUACCUAAAAAUGCAUACAAUAGAAGUAGAGGAUAUGGAUUUGUUGAAUUUAUGUCUAAAAAUGAAUGUCUUGCUGCCAUAAAUGCAUUACAACAUACCCAUUUAUAUGGAAGGCAUUUAAUUAUCGAUUUUGCUAAUGAUUUAAUAUUUGAUCAAAAUGUAGACGAAUUUGAUAAAAUGAAAGAAUCACAAAAUAAUGCCAACCAAAAUAGUAAAGAUGUCAUAACUUCGGAACAAGCUAAACGAAAAUCAAUAUAUGAAAAUGAAAAAUCGACAAAAAUUAGUGAAUCAAAAAAAAGGAAAAUUAUGGGGAACCUCGAAAAUGUCUAA